AGGACGGCAGUCCAAUGAAGUUGUGUUGUGUUGAUAUUUUGUUGAAAGUAAAUUUAAUGUAAAAAUGCCUUCAUUAACGCGAGUUUAUCAGUUACCGUUAAGGACCAAGUAUCCUAUUAUACGGUAUGGUAAAUACAGAGAGAUGCUGCCACUCAAACUCGGUGAUAAGGUAUCAGGUCGUCUUGAUACAGAAAAUCAAGGAAAAGUAUGUAUAAAUGAGCUGACAUUGAUGCUCUCCUGCAUGAAACAGAAUGAGUUCAGCCAGGAUAUUUGCACAGCUGAGAUCACAGCAUUUGAAACAUGCUAUAACAGCCAUUUGAAAACCGAAUCUAAGAAGAAAGCCGACGAGGCGAAGGGUAUUAUCAAAGAGGCUAUUGGUGGUCGAUUACCCUCGCAACAUCUCAAUAGUCUUUUGAAGCGAUAUCCACAACCGAAGAAGAAGAGCUAGCAUGCAUGUUAGACGCAUGUGCGUUUCUGUGAAACCACUGUGAUGUUGCACCAUUGUGAGAUACAAGCCAAUCAGGAGCUGCGAUAACAAUGGGAGGAGCAUAGGCAGAUAACACUUGAUCAAAUAUACCAUACAUCUGCCAUGUCUAGUCAAGAUGGGCAACAUUCAUACUAGAAUUAAAUAAAUGUUUAAAGCUGGGAUACAUAUAAAUGUGUGUGGUGUUGUUUCAAAUACUACCAUCAAUGUGUUGAAUCGCUCAGCAGUAAGAUCAUCUAAUGUAUGUCACAAUGAUAUAAUGUUAUGUUGAUUAACAAUUCUUGUGUGUAGGUAACGAAAAUUAGUUUGAUUCAUUGGGUGAAGUGCCCAAGUUUCAACCUUAUUUACAUGAAUUGUUUUCAAUUAACGUAGGCAAUGUUUUGUCUGUUAAAGGCAUACUAGGCCCAUUGAUUAUGCAAUGUUGACGAAUGCUAGAGUAACUGGCACCUUGUGUA